AUGGAGUGUUGGAGCCAUGGUUUGGAUAAUGAAGGAAGCCUAUUGUUCUCGGAGUAUGAUGUGCAAGUAAACGCAUUCUCUGAUUUCGAUAAAAACAUGAUUUUUGCCCCUAGUUAUGAGGAAAUUAAUGAAGGUGCAGACUUCAUGGAACUAUGGACCAACAACAACAACAACAUCAACAACAGUAACAUUGACAAUAAUUUUACUAGUAACACUAUAUUAUCUAGUGAUAAUAAUAAUGAUAAUUUUAGUAGUAUAAUGAUGUUUUCUGAUGAUGAUAUGAUGAACAACAAUAAGUGGAAAAGAAUACCAGCAAUUGAAUCCAGAUCUGACGAAUGCUGCAAUGGCUAUGGAGGAUUGGAGAGUUAUGGGCAAUCUACAUUGGCUAAGAAGGAGAAGAUGAUGAUGAUCACAGGUUUUAAUCCCUGUAGUCAAAUCCCAAUAAUCUGCCAAGUUGAUGGGUGUAAAAUGGAUCUUAGUUCCUCCAAAUACUAUCACCAGAGGCAUAGAGUCUGCUUGGACCAUUCCAAAGCCACCAAAGCCAUUCUUCAUGGUGUUGAGCAGAGAUUUUGCCAGCAAUGUAGCAGGUUUCAUUUGUUAGCAGAAUUUGAUGAGGACAAGCGCAGUUGUCGGAAGCGUCUUGCCUGCCACAAUAAGCGCCGCAGAAAGACUCGCUUUCAUACUCACUGGGAUGCAAGGUUAUUAUUGGAAAUGGCUUCACAAGGGGCAUCCCCAUUUCUUAUUCCUGAAAUACUUUCUGGGAACCCCAGCUUGUGGCAAGAACAGGAGAACAAGACAAGUAAAGAUAGGCGGCAUAGUAUGUUGUCAUUCUAUGAUGCCCUCCCAGCCGCCGGCAACCUUGUAGAAAUGUUGUCACCGGUUCAACAACUGUCCGGCGGGGAGGUUUGCGGCAGUGCUUUCUCUCUUCUGUCUGCCCAGACCAGAGCAAAUGACCAUCAUCGUCCCGACAGCAAAAAAUCAAAGAAUUAUAUGAAUUACAGCAAAAAACGUUUGAAGACAUCUCGGCCAGGAAGGAGUGGACCGAUCAUUGAUCUGCAGCAGUUGUCAACCCAUAUCCGACGAGUGGAGCAGCAGAGAAGCUCAGUGCAAGUGAUGAACCAAGAAUAG